UUUCCAGAGAGACUGGGGCAAAGGCCAGAGCAACAAACAGCAGAAAAGAAACAAGGCAUAGUCAGGGGUUAAGGAGUCACCCUCAUGCAUUGCUCUAGAAACCAAAGGAACUAACUGAACUCAGUAAAAACUACUUGGUGAAAUGACUUCUUGUCAGGUCACUGAAGAGCCUUUAAAAAAGGUUGCUAUCUUUGGAGGAACUCACGGCAAUGAGCUGACGGGCGUGUUCCUGGUGAAGCACUGGCUGGAGAAUGCUGCUGAGAUCCAGAGAACAGGCCUGGAGGUGCAGCCCUUUAUCGCCAACCCAAGAGCAGUGGAGAAGUGCGCCAGAUACAUUGACUGUGACCUAAAUCGAAUUUUUGACAUUGAAAAUCUUAGCAAGAAGAUGUCAGAAGAUUUGCCAUAUGAAGUGAGAAGGGCUCAAGAAAUAAAUCAACUGUUUGGCCCAAAAGGCAGUCAAGAUUCCUAUGACGUUAUUUUUGACCUUCAUAAUACUACUUCUAACAUGGGGUGCACUCUGAUUCUUGAAGAUUCCACAAAUGACUUUUUAAUUCAAAUGUUUCAUUAUAUUAAGGCUUCUCUGGCUCCAUUACCCUGCCAUGUUUAUCUUACUGAGCACCCUUCUCUCAAAUAUGCCACCACUCGUUCCGUAGCCAAGUAUCCUGUGGGGAUAGAAGUUGGUCCUCAGCCUCAAGCGGUUCUGAGAGCUGAUAUUUUGGAUCAAAUGAGAAAAAUUAUUAAGCAUGCCCUUGAUUUCAUACAUCUUUUCAAUCAAGGAAAAGAAUAUCCCCCCUGUGCUAUUGAGGUCUACAAAGUCAUGGAGAAAGUUGAUUACCCCAGGAACGGAAGUGGAGAGAUUGCUGCUGUCAUACAUCCUAACCUACAGGAUCAAGAUUGGAAACCAUUACACCCUGAGGACCCGGUAUUCCUGACCCUUGAUGGAAAGAUUGUUCCCCUGGGCGGAGACUGCACUGUGUACCCGGUGUUUGUCAAUGAAGCUGCCUAUUACGAGAAGAAGGAAGCCUUUGCCAAGACGACCACACUGACGCUGAACGCAAAAGGCAUUCGCUGCUCUUCACCCUAGGCAGCCUUCCUAGCUCACUUGUUAUGCAACAUGUUGAAAACACCUGCUAGUUCGUAAGCCCUGGGAGAGCAAGAUUGUGCCUUAGCUUCAUCACAGCACUUCCCCCAGUGCCGGCACAGCAGGCAUCCAAGCAAAAUUUUCAAAGAGAACAAUGCUUUAAGGAAAAUAUUUAAAGGUAUUGUAUUUUAUGUAGAUAUCUUAUUC